AUGACCCUGUUGACAAAUCCGAGAGAACAGGGCAUCAGUGGUGGACCUGCCAAUCUUGUGGUCUCUGGGGAGUGCCAAUUGCGCUGUGCGGUGCUGGGCUGUGAGCACAGUCAGUGUGAGGGCGACCCAACGCUCACACACACAACAAAGUCAGACCUGAAGGACUUUAAACCAUCUUUUCUGCCUUGUUUUGUCAAACAAACAGGACUCACAUGCUGCCAUCUGUCACCCGUCGUCAAAUCAUCAGAGUGCAAGCCAUGUAGUCAGCCCUGUGAGCCUCCCAGUACCCAGCUCAGUGUCCUGCCUCAUGCUGCCAGCGGGACGGGAUCUUCCUCCUCUCUUUCCCCCGCCUACAUCGCUGAGGAUGUCUUCUUUGGUAGCACCAAUAAAGACCAGGAUACAUGUUCAGUAAUCAGUGACUACGACUGCCCCUGUGUGGAGGUGAGCAGCAGUGUGGAGGACCUGCUGGCCUUCAGCUCUUCUCUCAGAGAUUCAGAGUACUUUAAAGACCUGGAGGGAGGGAUACCGGCUUCACAGUCCGCUGCAUCCACAGUAUCAACAGUCCCAGAGAGUAAAACCCUAUCAGUUGGCCUACAGGUGUCCCUAAACACAGACAGUCCUUCCAUCAAUCAGCCUGUACAGACUUCUUUAGGUUACCCCCCUCAGGUCAAUGCACCAUCUCCCCCCUACUUUUUACACCCUGCAGAGGAACCUCAUCAAAACUUUGUGGUCACUCAGCUUCGUCCGAAGUUACUGACGGAUUGUAUCAUUGACAGCAGUGACACGUCAGACCCUGCCGUAGGGCUCAGCUUGACAAUUAAUCUGAAUGGACUAUUGGGAUCAAUGGAAACAACCAAAGGAAUAUCAGGAUCAGAGGAAGUAAAGGAGCAACCCUCUAUGGAUUUCGAUGGAGAAGCAGACCUGGAUAGCUUUCCUAUUCUGGUCAGGUCCAUGUCAACGUCUCGGAGGCACAGCUGGGGUGUCCCUGUGUCCCCCAUUACCCUGGGGAGGAGACUGAGCCUGGAUACCAUGGCCAUGGACAGCGAUGGGGAGAGAGAGGACGAUGAUGAGGAGGAGGGACAGAAAAGUCUCUUCCAGUCCACCAAGCAGCAGACCUACAGCUGCACAGCGUAUCCUGAAGACGAGACAGACGGCCCCAGGCUGAAGGUCCCCUGUCCAAGAGCCAGGGUCACUAGCAUGGCUGCUGGUGGGCUUGGCAGGCAUCUGUACUCCCGCUCAGAGAUCCUCGCCACAGACGAAUGUUCCCGUGCUGCUCACAUUUCUCGUGUUGUGCAGACAUCCAAACAGGCCGCGAGGGCAGCAGGAGCAGAGGAGUUCGACCCAGAAGAAAACUUACACUCUACUGAAGGACACAUAGCGAAGCAGAGGAACAACCGAUCAGACUCGAAAGUUUCAGGAAAUGUCACUUGGUACGAGUUCCUCUCUAACGAGAAUGAAGAAGAAGACGAUUGUGCGGAGAAGGUUGAGAAAGGCACCAAGGUGAAGAGAACUCUCAGCUCUCUGAGGAACAGGGUGACUGGCUCCUUCAAUAAAGAUAAGGGUAAGAACCGAGAAAAAGAGCAGCAGAAAGAGAGGGGGAAGGAGAAGGAGCGGGAGGCCAAAGAGAAAGAGAAAGUGUGCAGUAGCAGCAGCGGCAGCAGCAGCAGCAGCAGCAGAGGCAGUAGCAACGGGCAUUAUUUGAUGCCAGGCGCUUUCUCCAAGAAUGCCACCUGCUCACUGUGCAGCAAGACCCUGCAGAGAAAGCAUGGCCUGCAGUGCAUGAAUUGUGCUGUGAACGUUCACAAGAGCUGCAAGUCUCUGCUGGGUGACUGCAGCAGCAACAAGAAUAAGAGAGAUUCUCAACCAAGGACCGGCCCGUCGGGAUCUCCUAAUCUUGCCAUAAAGGACUGGAACAGAGAGCGGGAGCAUUCGGGCCCAGCCUCAUCACAGGCCCUGGAUGGCCACCCAGGUUUGCUCAGCACCCCAGGCAUGACCAUUAGUGCGUGGGGACCUAGCACUCAGCCGACUGCUGCUCAUAGCACCAGCUCCACCACAGCCUCCAGCUUUGGCCAGAGCUUCCGUCACAACAACAGCUCAGGAUCCCUCCCCGGGGAAAUGGACGAGACAGAUGCUCUCCGCUCCAAACGCUGCAACGAAGACGCCAUUUCCCUCGCUCCCUCCACCACUGAGUCCAUCAUCGUUGAAGAUGCUCACUAUGCAGCAGUGCGGGCUGAUCUGGAGGCUGAUGCCCAGGACCUGGAGGCAGAGUCAUGGAGUUUGGCAGUCGACCAGCUGUAUGUUAAGAAGCACUCUAAAGAAACGGUGAAGAGACAGGAUGUGUUAUAUGAGCUGAUGCAGACGGAGAUGCACCAUGUGCGGACACUGAAGAUAAUGCUGCGUAUAUAUGUCCGGGAGUUGAAGGAGAACCUCCAGAUGGACUCGGGGAGGCUGGACUGUCUGUUUCCCCGCUUGGAAAACCUCCUCGAGCUUCACACACAUUUCCUCUCUCGUCUCAAAGAGCGGCAGCGAGAAAACCUCGUCUCACCCAGCAACAGGAACUAUACCAUCAACAGAGUGGCGGACAUUCUGAUCGCACAGUUCUCAGGUGAAAUAGGAGAGAGGAUGAAGGACAGCUACGGAGAUUUCUGCAGUCACCACACUGAGGCUGUCAGCUACUACAAAGAACAGCUGCAAAACAACAAAAAGUUCCACAAUAUCAUACGGAAAAUCAACAACCUGUCCAUUGUGCGGAGGUUAGGAGUGCCGGAGUGUAUUCUCUUGGUGACGCAGCGCAUCACCAAGUACCCAGUGCUAGUGGAGCGCAUUUUGCAAAACACUGAAGCGGGUACAGAGGAGCACGAGGAUCUGACUCGGGCUCUGGGUCUAAUUAAAGACACCAUCGUUCAGGUUGACGCGCUGGUUAAUCUCCAUGAGAAGAACUCUCGACUCCGAGACAUACACAACAAGAUGGAGCCAAAGGCGCUGGGAAAAAUCAAAGAUGGACGAGUGUUUCGCAGGGAGGACCUGGCGCAGGGCAGAAGACGGCUGCUGCACGAGGGCACAGUCAACUGGAAGGCUGCUUCUGGCAGGCUCAAAGAUAUUCUCGCAGUGCUCCUGUCAGAUGUGUUGCUCUUGCUACAAGAAAAGGAUCAGAGAUACGUAUUUGCUACAGUGGAUAACAAGCCGUCAGUGAUCUCCCUUCAGAAGCUAAUUGUCAGGGAAGUGGCCCAUGAGGAGAAAGCCAUGUUUCUUAUCUGUGCCUCCUCCAAUGAGCCCGAGAUGUACGAGAUCCACACCACCUCCAAGGAGGAGCGAAACACUUGGAUGGCACACAUACGGCAAGCGGUUGAGAGUUGUCCUCAUACAGAAGAGAGGCUCUUCAGCGAGGAGGAAGAUGCAAGGGCUUCAAGGUUCAAAGAAUUUCAAGAACGGCUGAGCAAGAAGGAUGCAGUGGUCGUCCAGGCUCUUACUGAGAAGCUGCAGCUGUUUGCGGAGAUGGCAGAGUCCGUGGCAGGUUUAGAGGACACAGCGUCACGUUCCAGACUUCUGCUUCGAGGAGACGCCUCAGACCUCCAGCAGGGGGAGGCCCUGCUCAAAGGAGCGAUCACUGAGGUGGAGAAUCUGCAGAACCUGCUGCAGUCUGGGGUGAGGGAGGAGGCACCACCCUCGCGACUGGAGGAAGGGGGCGGCUCGGGGCUUCUGCCCAGGCGAGCGGACACCUUUGGGGGCUAUGACAGCAGCCCCACCAUCCUCAGUAAGAAUGGCAGUGUGAAGAAGAACUUUUCUGGCGAGUCCAGAAACAGAGACAGAAGCCAGAGAGCCAGUUCUGACCCUCAGCUCAAAGACCUCUGUGGCAGCCACACCCUGGAGCAGACGGUUGAUGAGAGCUGCUGCACUCCCGCCAGAUGGAACCGCAUCUGGUCCAACUCCUUCCCCGAGGCUGAGUUCUUUGACAGAGUGCUGAUGCUCUCCCAAAGGCUCUAUAGUCUGCAGGCCAUCAUAUCACAACAGGACAGUCACAUUGAGCUGCAGCGAGCCUCGUUGACAGAGCGGGCCUCCCUGCCCGGCCGCCACAGAGGGAAUGUGCUCCUGGAACAGGAGAAGCAGCGGACUCUGGCUCUGCAGAGAGAAGAGCUGGCGAGCUUCCACAAGCUGCAGUCUCAGCACCGGCAGGAGCAGCAGCGCUGGGAGAGGGAGAGGGAGAGGCACCGGCACCAAGUUGAAGCCACCGAGGCCCGGCUCCGACAAAGAGAGGAGGAAUGCAGACGGCUGGAGGAGCAACUGGCAGAGGAGCGGAGGGAGCUGGAGAGUCAGAGGGAGACGUACCAGCAGGACCUGGAGAGGCUGAGAGAGUCCACCAGAGCUGUGGAGAAAGAAAAGGAACGCCUGGAGCACCAGAAGAAGAUCAAGAGGAAGACUAUUGAGGUGGCUCCUAUGUCCGGCAGUCUGAACGGGGAGCUGCUCCUGUCCUCUGGCCUCAACACCUCCACCACUGUCGGCGACCUGCCGCUGCCUCAGAAGCCCCUGGUGCGCGCCAGCCUGUCUGUCGCACCGGCCGACUAUCCAGAGCGCCCUGAAGUGAUGCUGCGGCGGGACACAAGCUCUUCCACCUUGCCACUAAAGACGGAGGUGCCGCUUCACCUCUUCAGCACCACCAACCAGCAGCACAAACUGGUGGGGGUGCAGCAGCAGAUCCCCACCAAGCUGGCUGCCUUCAGCAGCGGCAAAGGGAAAGGAGGCAAGAUAGGCAAAGCCUCACAUCGCACAGACAGCACUGCCUCAGUGGAUAUGAAGCAGAUGCUGCCGCUGAAGCUGUCCGCCCGAGACGACAACGCCCUCAAGGCCAAGCGCUCCAUCAGCCCCCACCAGCAGCUCCCGCUGUCAGCCCCUCCUCAGCCUCAGUCCCUGCAUCAGCACGCAGAUCAACUCAGUCCCCCAGACAGCGCCGGGCCAGACACCCAGUCCACCUCCUCCAUCAGCACCUCCCACCCUCCAAAUGUCCAGAAGCCCCCCAUGCCUCUUUCACAGUCUCAUCCUCAGCCCUCUGUGCAGCCUCCCGCCAUCCCUCCCCACUCUCAGAGCACCGGCUCCCUCCAGUUCCCGUCACAUCUGCAGCAGCAGGGCCACAGUCCCAACGCUCAGGCACAUGUCCAGGUAAAUGUUCACGGGCUCACUCACAGCCACAGCAUGCCGCCACCUUACAAGAUCGCCACAGAGGACCUCAAUAAGGAGGACGUCAUCUUCUUCUAAACUGCAGUCUGCUGCCCUCAGAUCAACCACUAAUCACAAAAACAGAAAAAAAAGAAGAGAAUUAUGGGAUAGUUGCAAAUUAACGAUGUGUAAACCUCCAAGAAGCCACUUAAAUGCGAUAAUGUGAUGUUGAUGGUUGUUGAGUGUGGGCAGCUGUGGUGUUAUUUAGGGCUGGUCAGGUAAGACGGUUUAAGUAUCUUUACACAGCAGCAAUCCACAGCAGAGAGCAGAACCUUUGUCAGCACUUCUGUGGUCCACACAGAAAGAAAAAAAUGAUCUUGAAGGAAAGAUGACAUUUCUUUUUUAACACUGCUAUGUUUUUAAGAUGCCACAGUUUCUUUUUAUUUAAGUUUUAGUUUAAGUUUUUAACUCAAGAGGACAACAAGUAUGAGGAGGAAAACAAAGACUUCUUCUAACGUGUUGGAAAAGGGUUAAAUGAAGUUUAACCAAUCCAAAGACAUUAGCUGCGGG